GUAAGACACGGCGCCGAAAAGAUUAAAAACUACUGUUCCCAAAAUUCAGCCUCUGUCUGCCUCUGCCGACAGGCGACAGCGGGUUUCAAGACGCCAUGUUGUAGGAAAUCCGCCUGCUAGUGUGCGUUGGGGAGGGGGAGAUUAGAGAGUUUAAUCUGAGAGAGAGAGAGGGAGCGAGCGAGCGAGAGCCAGAGCUAGAGAGAGAGAGAGCGAGCGAGAGGGAGGGAGUGUGGAGGGAGGGAUACCAAAAAAAAAAAAAAAAAAAAAUAGCCAGGCCCAAGUGAAGCUCCAACACACCGAGAGCAAGCGGCCCUUCAGUUCGGCGAUCGUUACUACCCGCGUGAGGCGAGGCCCAACUGGGGAAACUGGAUUCGCCGGGACCGUUCAUUUCACUUCCAGUUUGAAUUUCAGGCUGGUUUAGUGGUUGACUUAGCUGACAGGGUCUGACAGCAGCUGGGAAAGCAAAAGACACACAACAAGCACGAGCGCGCCUGGCAGCAUUUUACUGUAAAAAGCUGCCAUUCAAAAUAGUUUGAAGUAUUAAUACUAGCGACAGCGUUAAUCAUUUUUAAUCAUAUAUUUAUUUUUGUAUUACUUUUUGAAGACAGUCGUUUACUUUGUUGUUUCUGCAUGAUCUUUAGGAAAUCCGGUAGAAAAUUAUUUAAAUUAUUUUUUUAUUCCAAAGAAGAGGAUUGCAAAUUAUUUACAUUUUUGAGGUGAUCCGAGGUGAAAGAUGUCUGGGAAGGACCAGAAUAAACUAUCCACAACCGAAAGGAUUAUAAGAGCGGUUCCAUUUCCACCCACUGUCAGACUGACUAUGAAAGAACUAUAUGAAAAUGGUAAACCAAAGGUGGAUGUCCUGAAGAGUCAUUUAGUUAAAGAAGGCCGAUUAGAGGAAGAAGUAGCACUGAAGAUUAUUAAUGAUGGAGCAGCAAUCCUGCGUCAGGAGAAAACCAUGAUUGAAGUGGAGGCUCCUAUUACAGUGUGUGGUGACAUUCAUGGCCAGUUCUUUGACCUGAUGAAGCUUUUCGAAGUGGGUGGUUCUCCAAACAAUACACGUUACCUUUUUCUAGGAGAUUACGUGGACCGGGGUUAUUUCAGUAUCGAGUGUGUGUUAUUUCUCUGGGUCCUGAAAAUCAAUCAUCCAACAACGCUGUUUCUCCUUCGUGGCAACCAUGAAUGCAGACAUCUCACAGAGUAUUUUACCUUUAAACAAGAGUGUAAAAUCAAGUAUUCUGAGCGUGUAUAUGAUGCCUGCAUGGAUGCCUUUGACUGUCUUCCACUUGCUGCGCUAUUAAAUCAGCAGUUCUUAUGUGUACAUGGUGGUCUGUCUCCAGAAAUCAACUGUCUGGAUGACAUUAGAAAGUUAGACAGGUUUAAAGAACCUCCUGCUUUUGGCCCUAUGUGUGACCUCCUCUGGUCUGAUCCAUCUGAAGAUUAUGGGAGUGAAAAGUCUACAGAACAUUUUAGCCACAAUACUGUAAGAGGUUGCUCCUAUUUCUACAGUUAUCCAGCAGUCUGUGAUUUUCUGCUCAGUAAUAAUUUAUUGUCAGUAAUUAGAGCACAUGAAGCACAGGAUGCAGGUUACCGAAUGUACAGAAAGAGCCAAACAACAGGAUUUCCUUCAUUAAUUACAAUCUUCUCUGCUCCAAAUUAUCUAGAUGUCUACAAUAACAAAGCUGCAGUGUUGAAGUAUGAAAACAAUGUUAUGAAUAUCCGACAGUUCAACUGCUCUCCACAUCCAUACUGGCUUCCCAACUUCAUGGAUGUUUUUACAUGGUCUUUACCGUUUGUUGGUGAGAAGGUCACAGAGAUGCUGGUUAAUGUUUUGAACAUUUGCUCUGAUGAUGAACUUAUGUCCGAAGGGGAUGACACAUGUGAAGGUGGCACACCAGCAGUGCGUAAAGAGGUGAUAAGAAAUAAAAUUCGUGCUAUUGGGAAAAUGGCUAGAGUUUUCUCUGUUCUUAGAGAGGAAAGUGAAAGUGUGCUACAGUUGAAGGGACUUACCCCAACUGGAACGUUGCCCCUUGGGGUACUUUCUGGUGGAAGGCAAACUCUACAAAGCGCCACCGUAGAAGCAGAAGAAGCUCGAGCCAUUCAAGGAUUUUCUCCGCAGCAUAAAAUCCGUAGUUUUGAGGAAGCCCGUGGUCUGGACAGGAUAAAUGAGCGCAUGCCUCCCCGCAGAGAUGCCGUGCAACAGGAUGGAACAGUUAAUUCCUUAAAUCUGUCAAAUUCACCUGACAAGAAUGGCACUGAUGGCAAGACGCAGUAACAUAUCCUGCAACCUCAUGAUGCCACUCCCUUUUUCUCCCACUGAGAAGAGAGAGUACACUCAUCCUUUUAUUUAUUUAUUGAAACUAACGGUUCAGAGCAAAGCUAUACUUUUGUGAAAGCUGGCUCAAGAGGCUUUGGUAAAAGGAAAAAAAAAACUAAAUAAUUAAGUCCAUUUUUAUGAAAAGUGCAAAGUUUAAAAAGUACAUAUUUUGGGAAAUACAUGGUAUAAUUAGUUCAACUGAGUUCUGUAUUGUGUUCUUUGUAUUUUGUGCAGGAACAUUUUAACAAAUGCCAUAAAAUGUGGGGACUUUUUUUGAUGGAGGGCAUCAUAAAAUAAUAAUGUAUGUCUAAUAACAAAGAGGUUAUUGGAUAUCUGGAUUACAACAGUCUAACUUGUUACCCAUCUGAGAAUCUUUUGAAAAGGUUUGCUUAAAUUCUCUGUUUUGCUUAAAGAAGAACAUGAAAUUAAGGUGCUUUUUAAAGAUUGUGGAAUGAAUGACGUACAAAAUAGACUGAAUUAAUGAUAGCAUAAAAUCAUGUAGAAUCCAUUUUAUUUUUAUGUUUUGCUUUCCCCUGUUUUUAAAGCAUAAGGAUAUUAUGUUUAACCUUUAAAGUUGCACCACAAGUUGGGCUUUGAUAUGCCAGCUAGCAGUUUCUUUCUUAAUGGCGUUAUCUUAUCAAAUGUCACAUCUCUUAUCAGUGAGGUGUGCUUUCCCAUCUCCCUCUAAACCCUAAAGUACAUGUGGUAUAUUACGGGAUUGGGUCAGAGUGUAGCUCCUCUUUUAAUGAAACAUGUUUCUAAGGUAUGGAUGGACCUUCUAUAAGAUAUAGUGCUACCUCUUAAUCUUACGAAAAUACACAAUAACAAUGCUGUGUCACAGUAUGUACAGAACCAUGGUUUGUGCCAUUUGAUUGGUUUGAAGGUAAAAAUAUUCCAAAAUUAAUAAUGUAAAAAGAGAAUGAAGGUAAAAUGUUAAGAUAGUGUAAACAGUGGUUUUAAAUUUUAAGACUAAGGCCUGGAAAGUUAGGCCUUUAUAUUUGUGAGUUCUGCUUCAAAACAUAUCUUACAAAAUGUACAGAAAUAAUGUAUUAAUAAUUUCUUAAUAGCUGUAAAAAGCAAAAACCAAGGGAUGGGCUUUAUUGAGUUUUUAGUUUUUGUUUUUGUCAAGAAACUGUAUUGCAAAGUCAUCUUUAAAACUGUUUUACAUAGUUGUGUAUCAUUCAAAAAAAUGAUAAACAGAACCUGCCUUUAUUUGCCUUUUUACUUUUAUCUAUUUUAUGACUAGUUUUAUAGAAUUCCCUUUUUACUGGCAGAUUGGUUCUUACAGUGGAUAUGAUAAUAAAUCAUGAAUGUGAUUGAGUUAGGAAUGUUACACUCAGAUCUAGUAGGGUCAGCUGGUUUGCUUUCAGCCAAUAAUAAUUUCAUGAUGUGAAAAAAAUCCUAUUAUAAUAGGAUAUUUUAAUAAAAAGAUAAACUUUCUGAAAUGAAUUUGUUUAAAUCCAUUUUCUAAAUUAAUAACAAAAUUAUGCUGAAUAUACAACUUUCCAUAUAAUUAAACUGAAAACAUUAGAAGGAUAGCAAAUAAGGGCACUUGGGUCCUCUUGGACUAUUCAGUAGCUGAACACCUAUCUCAGGGUUUUUUAAUGGACCAGUUCUAUGUUCAAACUGGCUGAAAUGCUAAAAUUAGAUACACUGGAGAUCAGAAUCCAUAAAUUAUCCAAAACACAAUUCAAUUAUUUGAUGAGUUCCCAAUAUCUUUAGUCUUUUUUUAUGUCUGUAUUAAAAUAUUCUGUUUCAUCUUCCAGGGCUGAAAACAUAUGUUCAGGUAAAUAAACAAGGACUUGUAAAAAAAAAAAAAAAAAAAAAUUGAGUUGCAAACCUGAAAUGUAAGAAUCUCUAUUUCACUGUUUGUCUUGUGGCUAUUACAGGUUUAAUAUCCUCAUAUGAAAUGGUAUAGCAAUAAUGAACUCCGUAUUUAUGAUGAAGUCUUUAUACAGUAUGUUACCAGAUUUGGAACCUUCUUCAAAAUUAGUUAUUCCUAUUAAAUUCCACUGAAAAUAAGAUAGGCAUAGAUACUGAAGUAAGAUGCUUGAGAACAAAUCAGAUCAAUAUCAAUUGGUACAAAUUUCUGUCCAGAAUGAUCCAGUGUAGGCUUUGUCAUCCUUGAACUUUAAUUGCUGUUUUUGACAGUAUCAAAUAAACAGUACAGAUAUUUUAUAACCCCAAAUAAUUGAAAACUGCUGGAUUUUGCUGUAAUAAAAUUAUUUCAAAAUGAAUGUUUUUAGUUCAGAAAUGGUAAUCAACAUUAUUGGAUUCUCAUCUUUUUUUUUUUAAGAGGUAACAUUUUUAUUAUCCAUCUCCACUGGAGGAAAAUAAAGAAGUGACAAAGAAAGGAAAACAUUUUGGUGAUGUUAAAAUUAAGAGUCAGUUUGUGUAUUAUGACAAAUAAAUAAUGUUUAAAGCCAGUAGAAGUUAAAAUAGAAGUUAACCUACAAGGGCAAAGACUUGGGUGCAUCUUAACUCCAUGCUCAGUGAGGAAAGUUGUGGGACAGGCAAAAAAAGGAUUCAAGGGAGAGCUACAAGAUAUGGUGGUAUCUUGAGGUCACCCGGUCACUUGCCUCCAGGCUCUAUGAAAGGUUUCCAGGAGAAUACACUUAAGAAAGAAAUUAAAACUGAAAAGUUCACCUGAUGUUAUUAGGAUUUUCAUUGGACUUGUGUGAUACAAUCAGAUGACAUAAAAAUUGAAUUGCUUAGUAAUUCACUGUCAGUAUAUUUGGUCUCUGAGUAGAAGUACAAACGGGGAGAAGAACCGUAUACCCACUGUAACUUUUGGAUCUGUUCUGAGCGAUCUGUGAGGAAAAAGGUAUUACUAAUUUAAAAAUAUGUAUUCAUGAAGUACUUGUAUCAGAAUAAAAGCCUGUAGUUUUGGCCUGGUUUAUUAUCCAUGGUCUUUAGACAUUUUUCUUUAUCUUUUACUAGGUUGCAGGUAACUCUUGAGCUCUACUGUAUGUUGCUACUAUAGUGGUAUGGUCACCUGUUUGCUUCAUUCUCUUUUUCACAUUAGUUCACUGAAAUGUGUUUUUUUUUUUUCAGGUAUUUUCUUU